CGACGUGAUGCAGGCGUCUUUCGCGGUUUCUGAUUGGUCCACAUUCAGGUCCAUGCCUGCUGAAUGUUGUGAACUUGAAGCGGUUUGGCAAGCAGGAGUCAAUCACGCCGACUGAUGUCUGUGUACUCUGAAGGAUGAGUCGCUUUCUGAAUGUGUUGAGGAGUUGGCUGCUCAUGGUGUCUGUGAUCGCUGUGGGAAACACAAUGCAGAGCUUCAGAGAUCACAGCUUCCUGUCCGAGAAACUCUACACGGGCACACCUGAUUAUGUAAAUGGUCUUCAGGCGAGAACCUUUGGCAUAUGGACUCUCCUGUCCUCCAUCAUCCGCUGUGCCUGUGCCAUAGACAUUCAGAACAGAACGCUUUAUCAUAUCACCCUGUGGACAUUUGUUCUGGCGCUUGGCCACUUCCUGUCUGAAGCAUUUAUCUAUAAAACCGCUCCUCUGACCAUUGGAGUCAUGGCACCUCUGAUUGUAGCAAGUUUCUCUAUAGUGGGCAUGUUAAUUGGCUUUCAGUGUAUCGUUGAGCCUCAGGAAGUAGUGGGAGCCCGUCAGAAGAAGAGGAACUGAGUGAAACUUACAUCAUCACAGCUGAUGCUUCAUCACUGAUGCCUUCAGCACGUGACGACAGUGAUGAAUGGCACCACGUGAUGAGCACUGUCACGCCGGACAUCAGAGCGUUUUCUGCUGGUCUACGGUCCAUGCCUGUCCUGUUAUCAGCUGGUUUGCAAAUCAUAUGAGGCCCAAACUACCUUUUUUACCUCUUUAAAAUCAGUGUAAUAUUAAUUAUUAAUAGGCCCCUCAGUUAUUUUAUAUUUGAAGUUUAAUUGACCAUAAGCAAUUACAGUAGGGUACUUCUGUGUUAUUUUUAGCUAUUACUUUAGGACAGAGAUGCCCAAACCAGAACUUAUGGGUCCAGUGAAACAUGCUACUGCUACAUGCUAUUUAUAUUUUAGUUUGAAUAUAAUUAUAAUUAAUUAAAAAUAUAUAUAUAAAGUUGGUUAAAAAAAAAACCACUGUUGAUUUUUGGCCUUUUGUAUUAAAAAGUUUGGGCACUGCUGUUUUUGAAUAAUAGUGCAGUGAUGGAAACAGUGAAAUAAUACAGUUGUAAGUUUGGGAAUGAUGUAGUGAUGAAAACCUGACAUUUGAGCUGCUUCUUUGUCUAGAUCGCAGCUGUGAGCUCCUGAGGGAAAUUUUGUAAUUACACUUGUAUUUGUUUAAAAAGUGAAUGUCAAGCAUUCAAGUGAAAGCCUUUCAAUGAAAGGGUUUUAGUAUGAGCUGUUCAUGACUGUUUAUUUUUGCUCAUUUCUGCUCACUGUUCUUUUUUUCUUAUGUCACAGUGCUUUCUCUAGAACGCACGUGAAAUAGUUUACAUGACUCAUUUGAAAGUAAAUACUCAAUAACAUGCAGGCAAUAGAAGAAAUGCGCACAAUUUGCAAUUUAGUCACUAGGUAUCAUUAUUUAUUACUGAAUGUCAGAUUCAAUUUACAACACUGAGAAUUUCUAAAUAUAUACAGAACGUUUCUAUACAAAUAAUAACAGUACACAGGAUUACAGCCACACACUUUCCUAACAAGAACAAUCAUUUGAAGAACUUACACCGGCUGUACAUAGAAACUACCUGCAUAUCUACACACAGAAGUGAGUUGUGACUCACGUCAGAUCUCUGAGACCAGGAUCGGUGCUGUGACAGACGGGUUUGGAUCAGCUAUGCUCAAAAUCGGUGUACAAACUGAUAUCAAAGCCACUUCUCUGAGUUGCUGUGCUGCUGUAGCUUGUUUGCAGGGCAGAGCAGUUCUGAAUAUUUGAAGACAUAUGAAAUUAAUAAAAUGACCUUUAUUAUUUUUUUGUGAUGUCGUUGUGUACAAAGCAUCUUGUUGAAAGGAGACAAAAGUGGCGGCAGAUGUCAGUCUGUCACCCGUACAAACAUUACACUGGAUUCCAUCUGUGACUGCGGUCUGAUUUAUUACACAGAACCUACGGCAUCUUAAAAAUAAAUAUAGCUGAUUUGCCAAA